AUGUCUGAAGUAGAGAGAAAGAAACCGUUUUCAUGUUUGGAAAAAGAGUUGUUCUUAAGUGUUAUACAAAAAUAUGAUGCGAUAUUAACCUCUAAACAAACAAACGCUACAAGUGCCGUAAAAAAGAAGCAAACAUGGGAGAAAAUAUUACAUGAAUUUAAUGAAUCCUCUAUUGUUACUCAGCAAGCAUCGAUAAAGCAAUUGACUAAAUUAUGGUACAACAUGAAGGCAAAAGCGAGGGAAUCAAAAACCAAAGAGAAUGUCCGUCACUUAACUGGAGGAGGACCAUCUGUUAUGGAUAUGGAUCCCAUAGAUGCAAAAGUAAUGGAUAUAGAUAAAAAUAUCCUAACUAAUAUAGUAGUGGAUAUCGACAGUGACAUAAAUGGAAGUACAAUAAUAUUGGGUGAUACGAAUGAUGACGCAUGGUGUACAGUACCAGAACAAAAAAAAGAAGAGGACAAAAACGAGCAAAUACUUUAUGAUAAAACAUCGAAGAAAAGGCGUUUUGAGGACAUGAAGUGCAAUAAAAUUGAUUCAAUAAAAUAUGAAAUAUUAAAGGAAGAAUUAGAAUUUAAAAAAAAACUACAUGAAGAAGAAUUAAAAAUAAAAAGAUUAGAAAGAGACCACAAAGAAAAGAUAUAUGAAAUUGAAUUACAGAUUAAAUUGAAAGAAUUAGAAAAAAUUAAAACCUGUAUGUCAUAA